AUGAAAAUUUCUACUUGGAUAAAAUCCGGAGUAAUUGACGAAAAUAUUAAAGACUCCCUCGAUUCUACUGUGGAAUCGUUACACAGUAUUUGUCCGCUGAGAGCAAACAAAAAAUCAAUACGUGAGUCACUUCGUGACGUGUUAGAUAGAGACCAAUCAUUCCGUGAGAAAACCACGGCAAAUAUCCAAGUACACAAAUGGCUAAGUCCAACCGCGAAAUUUAAUAAAAAAAGAUAUGAUAGAUCAUCCGCCAUUGCAAAUAGAGAAAAUCCUCCACCAGUGGAGGAAUUUUCAUUCUCGGCCAACGAACAGGGAGCCAUCGUGGAAACAUUUUACACUCUAAUAGAGCUUGAACUCUAUACGUUCCUUUACGACCACGCAGGCAUAAUCCCUGCUAAAAUU